UUGGCGGCGGGGCGGCGCGCUGGACCCCCGGCUCUCGGCACCCCACCAACCCUAGAGGUCGCGGAACCGCGGGCGGGUCAUGGCCACGCUGCCCAGCGCCGAGCGCCGCGCCUUUGCGCUCAAGAUCAACAGGUAUUCUUCGGCAGAAAUCAGGAAACAGUCCACUCUCCCGCCAAACCUCGGCCAGCACCACCGGCAGAGCAUGAGUACGUCUGGCUUCCCCUCUCUUCAGCUACCUCCGUUUUAUGACCCCGUGGAGCCAGUGGACUUUGAAGGACUUCUGAUGACACACCUGAACAGCCUGGAGGUGGAGCUGGUCCAGGAGCUGGGAGACUUCACCGAUGACGACUUGGAUGUUGCAUUCACGCCCAAGGAUUGUCGGACCUUGCAGCCCUCUCUGCCUGAGGAAGGGGUUGAAUUGGAUCCUCAUGUCAGGGACUGUAUUCAGACGUAUAUUCGGGAGUGGCUGAUUGUGAACCGGAAAAACCAAGGAAAUUCAGAGAUUCGUGGCUUUCAAAAGAGUGGAUCUCGAAAAGAUUUUCAUAAGACGCUUCAGAAACAGACGUUUGAGUCAGAAACCUUGGAGAGCAGUGAACCGGCUGAUCAGAGAGACCCCUGCCGCUUAAAAGCGCUGUGCGAUGUGUCUGGGAAAGGUCCCCUCACUGCCUGCGGCUUCGACCUCCGCAGCCUGCAGCCCGACCAGCGCCUUGAAAACCUGCUGCAGGUGGUGAGCGCCGAGGACUUCGAGAAGCAGAACGAGGAGGCCCGAAGGACCAAUCGGCAGGCAGAGCUCUUCGCCCUGUAUCCACCCGUGGAUGAGGAGGAUGCUGUGGAAAUCCGUCCAGUACCAGAAUGUCCAAAGGAACAUCUAGGCAACCGAAUACUGGUGAAGUUGCUGACCCUGAAAUUUGAGAUUGAAAUUGAGCCUCUGUUUGCCAGCAUUGCCCUGUAUGAUGUUAAAGAAAGGAAAAAGAUCUCAGAAAAUUUUCACUGUGACCUGAACUCUGACCAACUGAAAGGAUUUCUGCGAGCUCAUACACCUGCAGUUGAUCCAUCGAGCCAAGCAAGAUCUGCAGUCUUCUCCGUCACCUACCCGUCCCCAGACAUCUACCUGGUAGUCAAGAUUGAAAAAGUCCUGCAACAGGGGGAAAUUGCAGACUGUGCAGAGCCUUACAUGGUGAUCAGAGAAAGUGAAGGUGGAAAGAGCAAAGAAAAGAUUGAAAAACUGAAACUUCAAGCAGAGGCCUUCUGCCAGCGUCUGGGGAAAUACCGGAUGCCCUUCGCCUGGGCUCCCAUUAGCUUAGCAAACGUUUUCAACCUCUCCACCCUUGAAAGGGAGGGAGCGGAAGCAGAGCCCGUGGCUGGAAGAAGCUCUUCAGGUGAGCGGAGGACUUGGUCCCAAUCCAGAAGACUGUCCGAACGAGCCCUCUCUCUGGAGGAAAAUGGAGCUGGAUCUAGCUUCAAAGCCACCACCAUGACCAUUAACAGCUUUUUCAAGCAGGAGGGAGACCGUCUUAGUGAUGAAGACUUGUUCAAGUUCUUAGCUGACUACAAGAGAUCUUCAUCCUUACAGAGAAAAGUCAAGUCAAUCCCAGGCUUACUCAAGCUGGAAAUAUCUCCCGCUCCAGAGGUGAUCAGCGGUUGCCUGACGCCUGAAAUGUUGCCUGUGAAACCCUUCCCCGAAAACCGGACUCGGCCACACAAAGAGAUUUUGGAAUUUCCCAUCCGAGAAGUGUAUGUCCCUCAUACUGUGUACAGAAAUCUUCUCUACGUCUACCCACAGAGGCUGAACUUCGCUAACAAGCUAGCAUCAGCCCGGAACAUCACAAUCAAAAUCCAGUUCAUGUGUGGAGAAGACCCUAGCCAUGCUAUGCCGGUCAUCUUUGGGAAGUCUACGGGGCCUGAGUUUCUGCGGGAAGUGUACACAGCCAUCACCUAUCACAACAAGUCUCCGGACUUUUAUGAGGAAGUGAAAAUUAAGCUCCCUGCUAAGCUCACAGGAAGUCACCACCUCCUGUUCACCUUCUAUCACAUCAGCUGUCAGCAGAAGCAGGGCCCCUCCGUGGAAAGCCUCCUGGGAUAUUCAUGGUUGCCAAUCCUCUUGAACGAGCGGCUUCAAACGGGAUCCUACUGUCUCCCAGUCGCCCUGGAAAAGCUGCCACCCAACUACUCCAUGCACUCCGCCGAGAAAGUCCCAUUGCAGAAUUUCCCUAUUAAGUGGGCCGAAGGUCAUAAGGGGGUAUUUAAUAUUGAAGUGCAAGCUGUCUCUUCUGUUCACACCCAGGACAACCACCUGGAGAAGUUCUUCAUCCUCUGCCACUCCCUGGAGAGUCAGAUGACCUUCCCCAUCCGAGUGCUGGACCAGAAGAUCAGUGAGAGCACGCUGGAGCAUGAGCUCAAGCUCAGCAUCAUCUGGCUGAAUUCCUCCCGCCUGGAGCCGCUGGUGCUCUUCCUGCACCUGGUGCUGGACAAGCUCUUCCAGCUAUCCGUGCAGCCCAUGGUCAUUGCUGGCCAGACAGCCAACUUCUCCCAGUUCGCCUUCGAGUCUGUGGUGGCCAUUGCCAACAGCCUGCACAACAGCAAGGACCUGAGCAAGGACCAGCACGGGAGGAACUGCCUGCUGGCGGCCUACGUGUACUACGUCUUCCGUCUACCUGAGCUGCACAGGGAUGUCUCCAAGUCGGGUGGACCCACAUCUCUCUCUGACCCUCGCUACCACACGUACGGACGGACAUCUGCUGCAGCUGUGAACUCAAAGCUGCUGCAGGCCAGGGUGAUGAGCAGUAGUAACCCAGACCUGGCGGGCACCCACUGUGCUGCGGACGAGGAAGUCAAAAACAUCAUGUCUUCAAAGAUGUCUGAUCGCAACUGCAGCCGGAUGUCUUACUAUGGUUCUGGCAAUAACGAUGUUCCAAGUUCAAUGGCAGCUCCAAGGCCAGCCAGUAAAAAGCAUUUCCACGAGGAGCUUGCCCUGCAGAUGGUGGUCAGCACUGGGAUGGUGAGAGAAACAGUCUUCAAGUACUCCUGGUUCUUCUUUGAGCUUCUGGUGAAAAGCAUGGCUGAGUAUAUACAUAACCUGGACAAACGUGACAGUUUUCGGAGGACUCGUUUCUCUGACCGCUUCCAAGAUGACAUAACUACCAUUGUCAAUGUGGUCACCUCGGAAAUUGCAGCUCUUUUAGUGAAGCCUCAGAAGGAAAGUGAACAGGCAGAAAAGAUCAACAUCAGCCUGGCUUUCUUCUUGUACGACCUUCUCUCCCUCAUGGACCGUGUCUUUGUGUUUAACCUAAUCAGACAGUACUGCAACCAGCUCUCAGCCAAGCUCAAUAACCUCCCCACACUCAUUUCCAUGCGCCUGGAGUUCCUGAGAAUCCUCUGUAGCCACGAACAUUACCUCAACCUCAGCCUCUUCUUCAUGAAUGCUGAUCCUGCACCGGCCUCCCCUUGUCCCUCCAUAUCGUCCCAGAACUCCAGCUCCUGUUCCAGCUUCCAGGACCAGAAGAUCGCCAGCAUGUUUGACCUGACUCCUGAGUACCGCCAGCAGCACUUUCUCACUGGGCUCCUCUUGACCGAACUGGCCGCUGCGCUGGAUGCUGAGGGGGAAGGAAUCAGCAAAGUGCAGAGGAAAGCCGUGAGUGCCAUCCACAGCCUUCUGAGUUCUCAUGACCUGGACCCGAGGUGCGUCAAACCAGAGGUGAAGGUCAAAAUCGCCACCCUCUACCUACCUUUGGUAGGCAUCAUUUUGGAUGCUUUGCCGCAGCUAUAUGACUUUACGGGUGCAGAUGUGCGUAGUGGGAAGAGCCGCACCAACGGCUUAGAUGAUGACCAAGAUGUGGCCAGUUCAAUCAACCAGCACGUGGCCCUGGCUAUAGCAGGAAAUCAUUUUAAUUUGAAGACAAGUGGGACAAUGCUCUCUUCCUUGCCCUACAAGCAGUACAACAUGCUGAAUGCGGACACCACCCGGAACCUCAUGAUCUGCUUCCUGUGGAUCAUGAAAAAUGCAGAUCAGAGUCUCCUUCGGAGAUGGAUUGCCGACCUGCCAUCCAUGCAGCUGAACAGGAUUUUAGACCUGCUUUUCAUCUGCGUCUCCUGCUUUGAGUAUAAGGGAAAACAGAGUUCCGACAAAGUCAGCACUCAAGUCCUACAGAAGUCGAGGGAUGUCAAGGCCAGGCUAGAAGAGGCUUUGCUCCGGGGAGAAGGAGCCAGAGGAGAGAUGAUGCGUCGCUGCCGAGCUCCAGGGAAUGACCGAUUUCCAGGCCUAAAUGAGAAUCUGAGAUGGAGAAAAGAGCAGACACAUUGGCGGCAAGCUAAUGAGAAGCUAGAUAAAACAAAGGCAGAAUUAGAUCAAGAAGCCUUGAUAAGUGGCAAUCUGGCUACAGAAGCAAAUCUAAUCAUUCUAGAUAUGCAGGAAAAUAUUAUCCAGGCAAGUUCGGCUCUGGAUUGUAAAGACAGCGUGCUAGGAGGUGUCCUGAGGGUCCUGGUGAAUUCUCUGAGCUGUGAUCAGAGCACCACCUACUUGACUCACUGCUUUGCAACACUCCGAGCCCUCAUCGCCAAGUUCGGAGAUCUGCUGUUCGAGGAGGAGGUGGAGCAGUGUGCAGACCUGUGCCAGCGUGUGCUCCACCACUGCAGUAGCAGCAUCGAUGUCACCCGGAGCCAAGCCUGCGCCACCCUGUACCUCCUCAUGCGCUUCAGUUUUGGGGCCAGCAGUAACUUUGCAAGAGUAAAGAUGCAAGUGACCAUGUCCCUAGCCUCUCUGGUGGGCAAAGCCCCGGACUUCAAUGAGGAACACCUGAGAAGAUCCUUGAGGACUAUUUUAGCCUACUCAGAAGAGGACACCGCCAUGCAGACCACUCCUUUUCCCAUCCAGGUGGAGGAACUUCUCUGCAAUCUGAACAGCAUUUUGUAUGACACAGUGAAGAUGAGGGAAUUUCAGGAAGACCCUGAGAUGCUCAUGGAUCUUAUGUACAGAAUUGCCAAGAGUUACCAGACAUCUCCUGAUCUACGGCUCACCUGGCUCCAGAACAUGGCAGAGAAACACACCAAGAAGAAGUGCUUCACGGAGGCCGCCAUGUGCCUAGUGCACGCAGCUGCCUUAGUGGCAGAGUAUCUGAGCAUGCUGGAGGACCACAGCUACCUGCCCGUGGGCAGUGUCAGCUUCCAGAACAUUUCUUCUAACGUGCUGGAGGAGUCUGCCGUCUCUGAUGACACCUUGUCGCCGGAUGAAGACGGGGUGUGCUCGGGCCGGUACUUCACCGAGAGCGGCCUCGUGGGGCUCCUGGAGCAGGCUGCGGAGCUCUUUAGCACGGGAGGCCUGUACGAGAUGGUGAACGAGGUCUACAAACUGGUCAUUCCCAUUCUGGAAGCUCAUCGGGACUUCCGGAAGCUGACCUCCACGCAUGACAAGCUACAGAAGGCCUUUGACAACAUCAUUAACAAGGAUCAUAAGAGAAUGUUUGGAACUUAUUUCCGUGUUGGUUUCUAUGGAUCCAAAUUCGGUGAUUUGGAUGAACAGGAAUUUAUUUACAAAGAGCCUGCUAUAACGAAACUUCCCGAGAUCUCACAUAGACUGGAGGGAUUUUAUGGCCAGUGUUUUGGUGCAGAAUUUGUGGAAGUGAUAAAAGACUCUACUCCCGUGGACAAAACCAAGUUGGAUCCUAACAAGGCCUAUAUACAGAUCACUUUUGUGGAGCCCUACUUUGAUGAGUAUGAGAUGAAAGACAGGGUAACGUCCUUUGAGAAGAAUUUCAACCUGCGCAGGUUCAUGUACACCACGCCCUUCACCCUGGAGGGACGGCCUCGCGGAGAGCUGCACGAACAGCACCGGAGGAACACGAUCCUCACCACCAUGCACGCCUUCCCCUACGUCAAGACCAGGAUCAGCGUCAUCCACAAGGAGGAGCUUGUUUUGACUCCGAUUGAAGUUGCCAUUGAAGACAUGAAGAAGAAGACCCUUCAGCUAGCGGUGGCCAUUCACCAGGAGCCCCCUGAUGCAAAGAUGCUUCAGAUGGUGCUGCAGGGCUCUGUGGGGGCCACAGUAAACCAGGGACCACUGGAAGUAGCCCAAGUGUUCUUGGCUGAAAUUCCAGCUGACCCAAAACUCUAUCGACAUCACAACAAGCUGCGACUGUGCUUUAAGGAGUUCAUAAUGCGGUGUGGCGAAGCUGUGGAGAAAAACAAGCGUCUCAUUACGCCCGACCAGAGGGAGUAUCAGCAGGAACUGAGAAAGAACUAUAGUAAGCUGAAAGAGAACCUCAGGCCUAUGAUAGAGCGGAAAAUUCCAGAACUCUACAAGCCCAUAUUCAGAGUUGAGAGUCAAAAGAGGGACUCCUUCCACAGAUCUAGUUUGAGGAAAUGUGAAAGUCAGUUGUCACAAAGCAGCUAAGGACAGUCACCUUCGCCCACAGAGACUGAAGCCUGUGACCUGAGAGGGACUCGGUGGUACUAAAAACACAGGACACCAGCGGUCCCCAAGACGGCACAUACUCCCUGCCCAGAAACCUGGGGGGCCAAGGAACCAUGGAUGAUGCCCAAAUAUACUCUGACCAAAUCUUGGCCAUGCUGGGGGUGGGGGGAGACAGGUCAUCAAGGAUGACUGUAUAUUUAUUAAAAUGCAUUUUUUUUUACAAUGUUGGACAAAAGAAAGCAUAAGUCGUUUCUACUGAGUGGUCAUAACUUGGCCACCGAAGAAAUGAUUUCCUAUCUUGUCUGAAUUUGAAUUCACAGGGUAAACUCAACUUGUGUAAGGGAAAAGGAGAAAAGUUGUCCACCCAACUUUCCUAGUCUCCCCUUUUCAUAGGAAGGGAAAACAGAUUCUAGGAGAGAUUUCAAUAAGUCUGCAAGGGGAAGCCUCUGAAACCGAAUCAUCAUGAUGGUUGGAGUUCCGAGACUAUUGAAUAGACUAUUAGUGAACAUGUUACCUUCUCAGCCCUUCGGUUAUGGCGGGACUGCUUGUAUAGUUAGCUUUGCUUUAUCAUUAGUGGUGUGUUGACAUCAUUUGCAUUUGUAGAGGAACGCACUGGAAGCACUGUUUAGGAGUUACAUGGUACUGGGCACUCCCGUCAAGCAUGGCUGGAACUUCACUCCUGUAAGUGAAGCAAUCCCCCUGUCACAUUUUUCCUUAUGUCUGUCCUCACCCUCUUUUUCUCCUCUCUGGGACCAAGUGUAUUUUUGAUAAAAAAAAGAUAAUACCUCUGCUUUUGUGUGAGAACAUUGUCCAGUCUUCUGCUAUAAAGUCUCUCCUUUUGACAGUGUACUUUAGGAAAAAGCUGAACAAAGUUCUUGUUUGAGAAUUAAAUUAUAUAUUUUUAAGUAUGA